CCCACCCCCACGGCCAUCUCAGUCUAGCCCUCGCCAUCAUUUUAGUCUUUCGUUGUCAAGAUCGAGCUCGGCUGGCGAAUUUGGGCCUUGAAUCCCCAAAAAAAGAUGGCGGUUGGGGAUUGGAGCCGGGGAGGCGGAGUCGGAAAGGAACGAGGAGAGCGUGUUUGGGGGGCUUAGCGGGGUUGGAUAGACAUGGAGCCCAUGAAUGGGCCAUGGAGGGUUGACCUGUGAGAGUGACCCGGCUUGACGGUGGAAUUAGAGGAAGAAGAGAGGGACUAGCUGCAAAGGAGCGACGGGGGCAAGGCCGUGCUGGUUGUGGUGGUUGGAGCUCGAAUUGCUGCUGCUUUGGUUGGCAUUGCUCUGGGACUCCAUUCGGUUCUCCUUCUUGGCAAUUUAAACGCAAUUCCUCUUCGUCUUUGUUGUCAUCGUCAUCAUCCUUAUCAUUAAGAAUUGGCUCACAAACGGGAACCCUUGCUCCAAUUUUUGGGAUACAUGGUCGAGGCGAUCCUGAGCUGCUGUUGCUGCUUCUUAUAACUAGGGGCCUCCUUGCUGCUUCUUAUAACUAGGGCACAGGCCCACAGGCACAGCCACAGGCCCACAGCCACAGGCCGUUCCUUCUUCCUCGCUCUCGUGCCGAGGUUCCAAGACGCUCGACUUUCCUCUCCUCCGUGGCUCCCGAUUGACGGCAAUAGAAGAGUCCUAGGUGCAAAUCAACGUUUACGACAAGCGUAAUCGAGAUCGACGAGGCUAAUCGGCGUUCGGUUUUCUCCCCUUCCGUCAUUGUUCGCGCCAAUCGUUCGGAACGCCCGAUCCAGAUCGCAGGUCGCCGGCGGCUUGAGCGCUUCCCGGUAACCCUGAAUUCAGAUUUGCGAUUGAGGAAAACACGGAAAGCCGCGAAAUUAACCGCUGGUGAUUUUCGACAUGUCGGCGCUCUUCAAUUUCCAUUCAUUUCUCACGGUAGUGCUGCUGGUAAUAUGUACGUGUACUUAUGUGAAGAUGCACUUUCCCGCCAUUCUGGAGCAGAGGACUGGGUUUCGUGGUUUCUUUUGGAAGGCUGCUAGAAUAGGUGAGCGUCUUAGUCCUUGGGUGGCCAUUGGAUGUUUUUCAAUGGGCGUGUCCAUAAUUUUCUUCUAAGGAAGACGUGCUUGUAAGCUUCAUGUUAUCUCAACAGUUAUGUAUGGCGUGUGAAACAAAUAGUGCAUUUUUUGAGAUGAGCACAAUCAUUCACUGCUACAGGGGCAAGUUUUGUGCAUUUUUUGAACUGGAUGGUCUUCUAUUUGCUGCACUUGCUUUUAUACACCUUACCAAUCUUUUCAUGAGAAGAUUUAUAGCCCAAGCUCCUGAACACGAUCCUUUAAGAUAUUAUACUAACAAAUAGUGUUUCUUUCCUU